AAGAAAUGCAAUCCGACACACGGCUGCUGCGGGUUCCAAUGUAAUGUUUUUUGUUUGUUUGUUUUUUAAUGGACAUGGAGCGACACAGCCGUCCAUGGAAGAGUAAGUAAACAAGAAUAAGAGCCCUGCGAGCCAGAGGGCUCCAGACGACGACGCAGGAGCAAGAAGGGUUGUCAACGUCCAGUGAGAACGAGAAAUAUGAGGCUGUCCAAGCGGUGGGGAGCACACAGGCACAAGUGCAUGUUUGUUGUCCUAGGAUUUUUGGUGUUAUCGAUUGUCUACCUGACGCCGUUUGAGAUGCGGACAAGUCUACCCCUGCAGGUGCGCGUCAGCCCUGCGCAUCGAAAGUUAGUGCAUGAGUACGUGCGCAACAUUUUGGAGGGUCCGUGUCAUCAUGGCAACACCAGGCAGCGUUUGUUAUCUCGACUCAGCGCUCCCAGUGAAGUCAUCCAGCCGUUUUUGUGGAAAGCCGGGCCCCUUCCCGAUGACCUCUUCCUGUUUCCACCUCCAUUUGGCUUCAAAGGUCUCCACAGAAAGCUUGAGGAGGUGCUGGAGCUGCUGCCAGACGCUGACUCUCCUCCAGAGCUGGGGCCGAUGGUGCGCAGAUGUCACCGCUGUGUGGUUGUGGGAAAUGGAGGCAUUCUCAAAGGUUUAGAGCUCGGCCCCCUGAUUGACCGUUUUGACAUCAUUAUCAGGCUGAACAGUGGCCCUCUUGGUGAAUACAGUGCUGAUGUAGGGAGUCGAACCAGCAUCAGGAUGAGUUACCCGGAGGGUACGCCGCUGCACUGGGUUGACGUCGAUCCGCACACACUGUUUGUCGCUGUGGUGUAUAAAGCUGUAGACAUCAGCUGGAUUUCUGCUAUGAUCAGCAAGUACACCGUGCCACUGUGGGACUGGCUGUUCUUCUGGCAGAAGGUUCCUGAUCAAAUUCCUCUUGAGCCACACAGGUUCCGACUUCUAAACCUGCAGGUGAUUCGAGAGACUGCACUGGAUCUACUGAAAUACCCUCCACCCAGACCGCGGUUAUGGGGCUGGGACCAGAACGUGCCCACUCUGGGCGUGUCUGCACUGAACUUAGCCAGUCUCCUGUGUGACGAGGUCAGCUUGGCAGGAUUUGGCUACAACCUCUCCCAGCAGGACGCGCUGCUGCACUACUAUGACCACCAGCCUAUGAGCGCCAUGCUAGAGCAGACGAUGCACAAUGUGGACCGAGAGACCCAGCUGCUGCAACGCCUGUCCAGAGAGGGCACCAUCUCAGACCUGACGGGAGGGAUCCACUGCACCUUCUGCUCCAGGUGACCUCCUCAACGAGCCAAUCACAGCACAGCAGGAUGCACAAAGACAUAUGUUUGUACGGAACAUUUAAUGCAAUAAAUUAUGUACUGCACAAAACGCCACAAGACGGACAAAGAAGAUGAUCCAUCAGAAGGACUAACAGCAUGCUUUAGAGAUACUCGCUGUAUGUGAAGAAACUGAAAAUCAACAAAUGAAAUCAUCUUUAGUACAUUUCCUUGUCGGAAAGCUGUUUUUAAAACAAAGGGCAUACUAGCAAUAAUAUGAGUACCUCCUGAGCCCAGUAGUAUUUCAGAGUUCCAGUUUUUCAGUUUCAAUUUCAAAGAAACUUGAAGUCCUAAUGAAAGUGUUUGUGAGUUCAUUAUAAAAACGGCACAGUUGGUUCCUGAGAUAAUGUCAACUUUUAGUACAAGGUGACAAACGGCUGCUGAGCAAUACUGACGCACAGUUCACCCUGCGCAGCCGAAAUCGAACAGUUUCAAAGUUUUAUUGCAGGCCAGAAUCAGCGCAACAGCCUGUGUUGAUGAGAUCAAUUUUU